AUGAUCGAACGCGCGCCCCGGCGUCAAGAUUCAAACGACACCACCGACCGUCGAGAUCGAUACCGAGACAACGGAGAUGGAGAAGGGAAAAGCUCCCGCAGACGUGAGCGAGCGCGAUCGCCGAGUCGCGAGCGUGAGCGUGAUGGCGAUCGGCGUGAACGACAACGAACUCAGUCAGGCGAUCUGUAUGCAUCCCCAGUAACUACGGGCAUGCCUCCUUCUCCUGGUGACUUCGCCACCGCGAGUCCUCAUUCGUACCCUCCAGUUACUGAGGCAAUGCCAACCACUUCGAUGCCCAGCCCGCCGCAUGCAACCGCAUUCUACGAUCCUCAUGUAACACAGCAGUUUCCUGGCCAGUUCCCGGCAUACGUUGCUGAGCCUUACCAACCGCCAAACCCUGCAGGAGAAGCAGCCGAUUACUACGGCGAUCAGGGGCAGUCAGUCCAAGACCAGCCUGGCGUCCGACCUAAACCUCCAUUGGUAGCCCCCAGCGACCAAGCGCAUCUGAUGACAGCAUCGCCCACCGCAAACCCGCCGCCAGAGCCAAGUGAACUGGGCCAGAUCGGCGCUGCAGCGGCCUACUUUAUGGAUGACGCUGAGUUGGGAAUGGAACAGCCCGUUAAACCACCUGCUUCUGCGCCGAAACCACCAAAACCGUCAAGACCACCAAGACCCUCUGUACAGACGGCGGGAAUCUCAAGCCCACCUGCCGUCGCCACUGCAACGACAAUGUCAGGAGCCGAGGUUGUAGAUUCCCCAGGGCACACUAUCUCGGAAUCCCCUGCAACCUAUGUGCCGCCCACCGCAUCGAGCCCUCCGAAGCCUCCUCAUUCUCAUGGAGCGGGUGCUGCAGUUGGCGCAGCCGCCGCCGGUGCAGCGGCCGGUUAUAUGAUGAGCCACCACCAUCAGUCUGCAAACGUUGACCAUUCUUCUCAGUACACCAUGCAAAACUAUGAAGAGGUACUCCCGGCCUACCCGGAGACUCCGGCGUUCCCCCCUCAGCAGAACAUGCUGCCUUUUGCUGCAGGACCUGCGGCGGCGGCGGCGGCCGGGUACGCGGCGAGUCCGCUACAUCCCGAUCAUGCUGCAGUAUACCAUGGUGCUCCUUUCCAAUCCGGUGGUUUGGCUUUUCAACAACGUCAACAGGGUCCCUUGGACAAAUUUAUCAACUUUUGGAAGGACCCAGAAGGUGUCGGCAUGUUCGAGGAUUAUACGGAAUCUAUCGGGGUUUGCAAAUACUGCUUUGAGCCAGGCACAACAUCUCAAGACGCACCUCGCAAGCACAACCACAAACCUCGCCGGCGCUCUGCUGAUAGGUACAGUAAUGGAUCACGUGUUGAUAAAGCAAGCCGCUACUCCUCGUCAGAGGAUGAAGGAAGGCGUCGCAACAGGUCGUCGAGAAACUCGUGGUUGCCCGGGCUACUUGGUGGAUAUGCGGUCAAAUCUAUCUUCAGUAGUAAGGAGUUCGACGAGUCUUACAGCAUUCGAACGGGUGAGGUGGCGAGCUCUCGGCAUUCGAUUCACGAAAGUGAAGGCGCCUCCACAGCUGGUCGACGAAGCCAGACCUCACGCGGAGUCUACAGACGGACCCAUCGAAGCCGAUCGCGGGAACAUACCGAUCACAGCUCCUAUCAUUCGGACUCGAAACUCAGCAGAUAUGAAGGAUCUCGACUUCGUUCUCGGUCUCGUUCCCGCUCGUCAUCUAGAAGUCAGCGACAUGCUGCCCUGAGGAAUGCGGCCCUGGGCGUGGCAGUUGGAACAGCGGCUGUGUCCGAAUACGAAUCCCGUCACAGAAGCAGGAGCCGCAGUACAUCUUCGAGAGGAAGGAAACCUCGAAAGACAUCUUCUUCUGAUGAAUCCUUUGUGGAUAUCUCAAGACCCGCUCGCAAGACUGUCGGUAGUGGCUUCAGUUCGUUUUUCACUGCAUCGUCAGAGAACCGUCGCAAGCGUCGGACCAAGAGGCGCAAGAGCAUCUUCUCUUUCAGCAAUAACAAUUCUUCGUCAUCAUCACUCGAUGCAGAUCUGGCCUUUGGGUCUGGAUACACGAAGCGCCAGCCAGGUAAGUCUAACAGGCGAAGCAAGAAGAAAGCGGAUACAGAUGUGGAUGCUGCCUUACUGGGUCUAGGCGCAGCCGCCACUGCACUGGCCGCCUCAUCCCAUCGCAAGAAUCGGCGCACUGGGGAGAUACUUGUCGGCAAAGAGUCCCGAUCCGGUCGCUCUGAUUACGAGUCGUCUGCUGCUAACGAUGAGGGCUGGGAAGACCUUGACUCGGGUGACCAGUCCUCUUCAAGUGUUACUUCCGGUCUCGCAUUCGGCGAAAGUGGUCAUUUUCCCAGCACUGACUCUCACUCUUCUGAUUCCGGAACGUCGAGAUGGCCUUGGAAUUGGGGAAGCAAGAAGUCUAAGAAGAAGCAGAAGAAGAGAAGGUCUCGCUCCUCGGAGAACCGCUUCCCCACAGAGGCUGCGGUCGCAGCUGGUCUCGGAACGGCCGCCUUAGCAUCUGCAUACCACCGGGACUCUAAGGUAUCCAGUCACGAUGCUGCAAGUAGUACUGGAAGUCUUCAACACGUGGUUCCUGUCCCCACCAGUGACCCUUCACAGUUCGACACCAUCAAGGCCUCAUCUCAACCUCCUUCCCAGCCGACAUUGGUCAGGCCAGGACCUAUUCCCCUGCAGCAGCCACAGCCAGUGACUCCGGUUUCGCAAGCAGUAUACACUUCUCAAGGCGAAUCCAUCCCCUCCUAUAGCGUACCUGAUGUACACCCAACUCCUGCAAGCGCUUUCAUGCCUUACGAAACCCCAUCAAGAAGCGACAGAUGGAACCAGAGGACCGCAGACUAUACCGAGCGAAGUGAUAUCUCCGCGAGAUUCAACCGGGCCCACCGGCGUAGUGAUUCCUCCCCGGUCUUCCACGCAGAGCCCCUCGAGAGAAUGUCGUCGUCAAGCUUUAGACGUCGCUCGACGCUGAAAGACCAGGCCUCAGUCCAAUUUGACUUGACCGAAGAACAGGCUAACAAGGAGCGGCGUACCAAUCGCCUGGAAAGUCUGCGACGAGAGGGCGAUGCCGGCGGAGGAGUGCGACUUGUCGAUAGAGAGCAAGAGAUGGCGCUUCGGGACGCUGAACGUCAAGCAAGUCAACAGAGAGAACGUGAAUAUGAAAAGUCAAGAAUCGAGGAAGAAAACUCACGCAGAGAGAAAAAAUCCUCGUCCUUGAUGGGUGCCGCUGCUGUAGGAGCGAUAGGUGGUUUUGCUGCUUCCACAAUGAUUUCUAGAGGCAGUUCGAACGAUGAUUUCUCCGAGACCGCCAGCCAACGUCGGCACGAGGAGCGUCGUGAAAAGCGCCGAGCAGAGAGGCGCCGCGUUUCCGAAUCAGAGUCUAUCGCAUCAAGUCUACCAAUGUCGGAGAGUGGACGAACCAUGGCAGAGGAGCGCUCGCAGAUAGACCGCCUGCCGGAGGAUGUGAGGCCCCGGCAGUCUCGCCCACCUCCUCGCACAAAGCCCGUCUACGAGGACUAUGCUCAAUUCUUUGCUCCUGAGGAGCUACGCUACAGCCCUGAUACCUACACACGCCGAGAGCCCACUUCGAUGCCAACUAUUAUUGAAGUAGAGCCUACGAAUGAAUCUGCUAUUGUAACGGAGGAACCGCACCCUGACUACAAUGGUUUGCCGUGGCCUGUACCGGGUCUGACGCUUACUGAGCCAACUCCUCCCCAUAGCCAGGUGGGCUCCGCCAGGGCGACACCAAUUGUAUUGGUCCCUGAACGGCACGAAGAAGAGAACAGGUUUGAACGGCAAACAACCGGCUCACGGGUAUCAUGGGGCAAGCAUGAGACGCAUGAGUACGAAGUGCCCUCAACAUCCUCCGAGCAUGAAUCUGUCGACCAAGAUACUAGGGUUCUUGAGCACAUUGAGGAGGUUGAGCCUAUUGCUACAGACAAUGCACGGGACAUGCCACCAAGCUCCUCUACCCAAUCUACAACUAAGGAGGCCCCGACCAUGGUAGGAGCAGAUAUCGAGUUUGCUGCUGCAGUUGCUGCAGCAACUGCAGCUGCUGGCUUUGACCCUUCGCUUGUAACGGAUGAUCCCACAUUCCAUACUAGGCGCUCUCCUCCUACCUCGGAGCCGAAGGUGCAGUUUGUGUCACCCUGGGAAGAAGCACCCAUAUCACGUUCCGUGCCCCAUGGAUUUGUGGAAGGCGAAGUCGAGACGCCGGACGAUGACGAGAACAUCCAAAUGGCACCGGAGUACCGCAUCGAGGAUGGGCCCCUCUUUUCGGAGCCUAAAUCUCGUACUGGUGAAGAGCUCGCAAACGAGCCCCGGCAAUCCAUUGCCCAAGAAGUUAUCGAGCACCUCAGCCGCAGAAAAGAGCACAAUGCCAGCGAUAGCCCUGCCAUUCAGCCAAGCCGGGAGCCCGCCAACAAGAGCGUUUCUGAAAUUCCCGUGGAGGUCCUUUCCAUGCCCGGUGGCUUCGAGCCUGAAGAGUCAAUAGAGAGGCAGGAAAAAUCGAGCGAUCCAACCUCCACGCAAGAGCGCGACUCUCCUUACUUCGUGUCAGCGCCUGGAACCAAAGAGGAUGGCCCAUCGACAUUGCGAGACACUGCAGAGCAGAGCGGCGGUGACAUCGAGCCAAUCGACGAUGACAUUAAUUCAUCCACAGUCGGGGCUGAUGAGGGUGAAGGGAAGAAGAAGAGACGGAAGAGGCGUUCCAAGCGCAGUAGUAGUGACAACUUUGAAGACGCGGUUUCCAUCACCUCUUCGCCCGCCAGGCUGGAAGAAAAGACGAAGGACACCAAACCCGGCAGUUUCUUGAGCAAUCUUUUUGGGUCAAGAGUUUCAGCACCGGUAGAAGACAAGGGAACAUCAUCUGCUGAUAAACUUUCCUCUCGUGAAGUCCAAUCGGAGAUCGGGUCUGGACGUAGAGAGAGAUCUUCACGGCGUCGCAGCUCCAGUCGAGGAGAUGGGCUGGAUGACGAGUCCCGCAAGCAGCAUGACGAGGAGAACAUUAACGUUGAACAUUAUAAAUCUAGCAGGCAACGAAGGGAAGAGAGACGUCGACAAAGAUACGAAGACAUGAUGGAAUCUGGUAAAUCGUCGGAGUUUGAGAAGGAUCGGAAACAAUCCCAGGAUGACGAACAACAGUCUUUUUUAGAGGAGGGCCCCGAAAUGCCAGUCAAGGUAGACGAGGGUGAUGGUCAUCGUGGUGCUUCGGGGCGGCUGGAUCCUGAGAUCACAGGGCUAGGACUUGAUGUCCUCGACUCCCGGCUACGGAGUCGCUCUGCAUCGCCGCCUGCGUCUGAGAAGACCGCCAACCCCGCGCCCAUGUCGCAAAGUAGACCAACCUCGCCUGAGCUAGCCCGGUCUCAGGAAGAGGACCAAGGUCAAAGAUCUCGGCGGUCGUCUGUGUUGCGGUCAACCGAAUCCCCUACUGCAGUACCCAUACACUUCCGUCGGCCACCAACUUCACCUCGAGCCAACCGCUCUCCUUCCGUUUCUUCGGUCGUCGUUCCUUCCCCUGGUUCUCCAACACAGGGUCGCCGCCGCCCGGCCUCCACCGAAUUCAAGAAUUCUCGUGAAAUCCGGCCCUUGUGGCUCGUUGAGCGCUUUGGUGCUAGCAAGUCGGAGGCUCACCCUGAUGAGCCCCUUCCCUCUUUACCUUCAAGCAAGGCUUCUUCAGCAAACGCAUCUGUGGAAGACCUUGCAGCUCUACCAGAUAUGAAGAAGUGGGAAAUGGUUGAUCUCAGCGAACACGUUCAGGGACCGCCACGGGCUAUGGCUGUGGAGACUUAUGCUGCACAGAACCAAUCAAGCGAUGAGGGCUCGUACGAUUUCCUCGAUUCUCAACAAGGCACUCCAACCGCCGCUUCGUUCGGGCAAAUUCCUCAUCCCCCUCCUUCCAGGAAGGAGAAGCUAAAAUACGAGUUCCAUUCGCCCUCGGAGCUUUUGCAAGACAUCAACGUGCACCAGGAAUUGCCACCAUCACCAGAGAUUGGUCCCCUUCCCUCUGCUGAAGGUUCUACAGUUGGUGUAAAAGAAGACAUUGGAAGUGAGCGCCUGGAGACCCUCCCGUCGCUUCCUGAAGUACGCCCAUCUACGCCUGAAAACAAAGUACCUCAUGGCGAAGAUGUGGCCGAAACCACACCAACACAGACAAGGAAUGAUUUCACAAAGCAUGAACCCAAUGCUGAUCUAGAAACUGGAGGUGAUGCUGGCACAGCAGGUAAUACAAAGCUCGACUCCCAGCGCUCUGAAGAGCAGGUCGGCCUACAGAACGCACAGACAAUUGAGGAGGGCGAACACACUGCCAAAGCUGCUGCAAGUGAGGACCUUCCGGUCCAGACCCCUACCUCAGAUUCUCUGGCGUUAGACAAAGAUCGAUCGAUUGAGCCGGUUCAAGAGAGUGCAUCUGUAGGUGUUGCGGCUAUGGUCGGUACGGCUGUGGCAGCUGUUGCUGGUUCUGUACUGGGCAAGCCAGACCAAACCGAAGAACCACAAGCUCGGGAAAUCGAUCAGGACAAGGACGAGAUGAGUAUGCAUAAGGAACCAGACAACUUCCCUGUCAAUGUCACCUCAACUGAAAUAGAGUCUCCGCCAGUUGUUACUGGCACAGAUUCUCAAGACGUACCUGAGGGUGUCGCACCUGCCCCGACCGUUGAUGAACCAGUUCAAGGGAAGGCGGAUGCCGAUAUAAUUUCCACCGCAGAGCAUGCUGGAGCGGAGAACGUCGAGCACAAUCCGGAACAAGUCAGUGCUGAGGUUAUGGCAGAUGCUAGCCACUUAGUGCCUGAGGAUGCUAGCAAUGCCUUGGAUGAUAAUGUUGAAGUUCCUGCAGAGCCUCACGUCGAGAGCGAGAGACAAGAGCAAUCAGCGCCACGUGAGGUAACUGAUGCAGAGAGUCCAGAGCUGGUGACGGCAGACGAGACCAGGGGUGCUGACCCAGAGAUCGCCAUCCAGUCCGAAGAACCCCAUGUGGAUGUAUUGGCACCAGGAGAAGACUCAUCAGAGGCUAAACAGGAGCCGGUGGAGGCUGCUGCGGGUGACAUUACUGUAGAAAACCCGGAACCUACUCCAGCUGACCCAGGACACCAUGCCGGUGAAUCUACGCAGGAACAGCCCGAAGAGCUAGGCGUCAGUGGGCCUGAAGUGACAAUCGUCGGGGAUACCCCCGUCGAGGUGAAAGAGCCGGAGGGAGAAAAGGCCCUUGUGGAGGCAGAGAUUGCUCAGGAAGUACCAGUAAGCGACUCUGCUGGACCUACUGAGAGUAACGAAGAGCCACUCCUGUCCGAGAAGGCCCCUGAAACCGAGCAUCAGGCGCCGGUGCUUAUCAAGACCGAUGAUGCUCUCCUCAGCUCGGAGCCCGCAGCCGAAGCCACGGGUGACGCUACGACUGAGCCCCUCGAUACCCAAGCCGAAGAGCCUGUUGCAGAUGUAUCUACGUCUUCGAAGAAGAAGAAAAAUAAGAAGAAGAAGAAGGGCAAGAGCAUCGACCUAGGCACUCCCGAGCCUACCCCAGCUUCGGAUGAGCCAACUACAUCCCAGGAGGAGCGGAUUGCACAGAGCGCUAAUGAGCCUGCGGUGUCUGAGCAGGCGCUAGAGUCUGAAAUCCAGGAGCCGGGGCCGGCUGAGCCCGCUGCUGCCCCUGAAAAGAUAGUCACCGAGACGGAGCCUGUACCUACAACAGCUGAGGCCGACACAGAGCCCAGUUCCCAAGAGACAGCAACCGCUGGACAGCCUACUGUAGCCGCAGAAUCGACCGGAGAAACUGCACUUGAGCUCGAAAAUGAGGGAAAGCUAGCGGAGACAGAGGCACAAGAGCCAGUUCUAGCUGGGCAACCUGCCUUAACCGAGGCGCCUGCCGCGGAAUCCGAGAAGCAAAUCGAGCCCACAUCUCAAGAAGUGUCCGAUCCCGGUGACGCUUCAAUCACAGAAGAGGUUUCUGCAGAGGCCAAUAAGCCAACCGAACAGGACGCCCAGGAACCACAACUGGCCGAUCAAGUCAUACCUGAGGAGUCACUAGCCAAAUCGGGAGGACUGGACGAUGCAAAUCUAGACAUCCCAGCCGCCGAAGAGCCUGCAGAAACUGAACAGCCUGCAGCGACUAUGCCUCAAGAUACGCCUGCCGUGGAAGAGCCAAGCACUCUACGAGAAGAAUCUGUGGUAGAGGAACCUAAGGCAGAAGAGACCCCGGCAAUCCCCGAACCUCAGCCAGAGGUUGAAGCAGCACCUGUUGCUGACGCCGCAGAGUCUGCGGAUGCACCGGCCUCUUCUAAAAAAGCCAAGAAAAAGAAGAAGAAGAAGAGUAAAGGUGCAUCCCAAGACUUGACUGCAGAAGAGGCUGUAAACGCCGAAGACACUAAGCCUGCCGAAGAGUCUACGGUUGUGGAAGAAAAGACCGAGAUUACUAAAGCGUCUGGGGACCUAGAUGCGGCUCAGCUAGCUGAGGAGGCUAUUAUUGAACAGACGGCAGGAUCAACCGAGCAACCCAAGGAGGUUGAGACUGAGACACCCCUCGAGGGCGACGCUACGGACAACAAGGCCGAGCCAGGUGACGAGGCUGUGACAACACAGGAUGCUACGGGUGUAGAGGAGAAUACUAAGCCCUCCGAGGAGGGUGUCAACCUCGCGAACGAGGAGACCGGUCAGGCUACUGCAGCCGGACCAGACGUGCCUACAGCGGCUGAUGCGGCUGAAACCUCACCGGCCGACCAUACUCCCGUUCAUGUUACAGAAUCUACGGAGGAUGCCAACAACUCCCAGUUGCCUCAGGAACUUGCAGCACCUACUGAGCCUGAAAUUACUCAAACGGCGAGCCAUGAUAACUCUGCAGAUGUUGUGGAGCCGAAUGAGAAUGAGGCGCCGGUCUUGGAGCAUCAGCCUGAAGACCUAUAUCCUAGUGCUGAUACUAAAAUUACAGUAGCGGAAGAAACGUCACAAGAUCUCGCCAUGGAAAAGGAAGCCAUUAAAGCCGAGCCAGUUGAGUCCGAAAAACCAAGAGAGCAGCUGCAGCAAAGCGAAGCCCAAGAAGCUGAUAUCCAGACGCAAGAGAAAGAACAGCUGUCCGAGGCUAAAGAAGAUAACGAGGUCCCAGCGACCGAAGCCGAGCUGCAGAAGGAUAUAGCGGAAACCAUGGACUUAUCUGCUGCCGAUGAAGCGAAAACGAUUCCCGACCCAGCUAUAGCCCAAGAUAACUCCCAGGAAACCGCAGAGGAACCGGAAGCUUCUCUAUCCCGCAAAAGUAGCAAAAAGAAGAAGAAGAACAAGCGCAAAAGCGCCGCCGCGACCUCGCUAGAAUCAGAGCCAACUGAGGAUUCUCUACCAACGUCUUCGGCCGAACUUGCUCCUGGAGCUCAAGCUGCCACGGAACCUGAGCUUGCUCCUAAGGAUGUAGCGGUUGUUGACACUGGAGCUGCCCCCGAGAGUGAACCUGCUCCAGAACGUGAGGUUGCAGCUAACGCUGAAGCUACCCCCGAAGUGGAAGCUGCACUCGAAACCGAGGCAGCGCCGGAACUAGAAGUUGCUCCUGAGCCCGUAGCUGCUGUCGAGAGCGAACCUGUCUUGGAGCCCGAAGCUGCAGCCGAAACCGAAGCUGCUUCGGGGAUUGAAGGUGAUCCUGUGACUGAAGCUGCGUCCAAGGCUGAAAUUGCGACUGAAGUUGAAAUCGCCACCGCGAGUGAAACUGUGCCUGAAUCAACUGUGACUGGCGAAGAAUCCUCCGAAUCGAAGGUGCCAGAUGAGGCUCGCGACGAAAACAAAGAACUGUCGAGCCAUGUUGCGGAAACGGAGAGAAGCGAUGAAUUGAAGCUUUCUGAGGGAGAAAAGCCCGAGACAGGCGACUCGGCUGGGGACGCCCAAGAGAUUCAAGCAGAAGAGACAGUAGAGGAACAACCGAAGAAGAAAAACAAGAAAAAGAAGAAGAAUCGCAAAUCUUCCGCCCUGGACGAAACCGAGCCUGAGCCUGAGCCUGAACCCGAAGCUGAGGCUAAACAGCCCGAGCCCAGUCAAGAAGACUCCGCCGAGCCCCCGCUCCUCCAAACAAGCGGUGAGCUGCCAUCCGCCGCCCAGCAAAAUAAUGAGGCUUCCGAGAACGCUAUAGCGGAGCCCCUCGCCGAUGCCACUGUUAGCGACUCAACCCUGCCGGUGGAGCAGACCGAGGCCAAUGAUCAGGCACCACAUGUGCCCGAUCAAUCGGCGGUCGAGGCGGCGCCUGAACUAGACCCUGAAUCCGAAGCGGGGAGUUCUACACUGACUGGUAAAAAGAGCAAGAAGAACAAGAAGAAGAAGCGACAAAGCCUGUCUGCGACGCCCGACGAGAGCCUAGCACCUGUCGAGCCUCCCCUAGACAAUAUCGAUCCUACGGUUGAGCCCGCGGAAGUUCCCGUCGCUGCCGAAGGUUCUGCCCCCACAGAGCCCGAGCAACAAGAAGAGUCAGUCCGAGAGACAGAACCCAUCGACGCAACCGAAGCCCCUGUAGAGCAAGCCACUGAAGCUCCUCCCAUGACUGCCGCUCAAAGGAAGAAGGCGAAGAAGGAAAAGAAGAAGCAGCAGAAGCAGGCUGAAUCCGUUGACAUCACGCCAGCGCCCGAACCAGAAGCUGUGGCCGUGCCCGAGGAUGCUCCACCAGAAGACCCAGCUCCUGAGGAGCCAAAGUCUCCCGUGGAUGAAAAAGUGGAUCUUCCGACAAACGAAAACGUAGAGGCAAGCGAAGGGCUUGUGUUGGAGCAAUCUAAGGAGGCUCCUUCUGAAGAAGAGAAUCCGGCCAUUGCAAUCGACGAGUCACCGAGCGAUUUGCCUCAAGGUGCAACUGCACCUUCUGAGGAUGUCGCGCCGGAGACUACGGAGUCUGCAGACACUGCAGACGACCAGCAUCACGAUGCGACCUUCACUGAUGCUGAGCCACAAAUUUCUGCUAAUGGUGUAUCGGAACCUGACACUACUACCACAGAGGAGCAACCUCAGGAGGCCGCUGAGAAGAGCCAUACGGGUGAGAUGACUGCAACUGAGACAGAAGCUUCAGCAACUGGAGCCAUGGAUGCCGUUGAUCAAGCGCCUCUAGACAACGAGCCAUCAAAGGGAAAUGACGAAUCUACCGACGUGCAGGAAGAGCAUUCUGAACCCAAGACUGAUGAGCCCGUAUCUGAAGCGCACCAGGCUGAAGAGGGCCAGACAGGCAUGAAUGAUGGCGCUGAAAAUGACGCUUCAAUCGAGAAGAAUACCGAGGCAGAAACAGCAGCCAUUGAAGCUUCAGUAUCACAGGAUGAUGUGCCUUCAACUGUAGAGGCCUCUCAAGAACAGGCUCCAGCGGAACUGCCUGCUAGUCUUGAAACUUCGGAGCAAGGCGCAGUCGAGCAUGAAACACCUACUGACGCGGGCCAAGAAGAGCCAGCACAGGAAGGAACUCAGCCUACAUCUUCUACAAAAUCAAAGAAAGACAAGAAAAAGAAGAAGAAGCGUCAGUCUGCCAGUCUUGAUGAGUCCCAGCCUGGGCCCGCGCAAGAGGAUGAGAGCAACGAAACCCCAGUCGAGGCAGGCAGCGGGCCUACUGACACUCCUGAGGACGUCAGCAACUCUGCUGUAGCUGAGGACGUCGACCCUUCUGAGAACUCUGUCCCAGAACCGCCAACAGAGGAGACCAGGGACAUUGAUACUGCGCUCAGUGAGCCGACCGAGCCUACUGAACCUGUCCAAGAUCCACAGGAGUCAUCGAAGUCCAAGAAGAAGGCGAAGAAGGACAAGAAAAAGAGGAAGUCGGUCUCUUUCGCAGACGCAGAACCGGAAUCGCAACCUUCUGAGCCCAGCGAUCCUGCGGCCGAUGCACUUGGCGCCGGUCAGCAGGAUGAUGAGCCCGUACCCAAAGACGACACUCAUUCUGUGCUGUGCCAAGAUUCCCAUGAUACUGGAUGUGGAUUGAGUCAGUCUCAAGAGGCUAAAACUGCUUCAGAGCAGCCCGCUGAAGAAACAUCUACUGGCGAAACGCAUAAUUUAGCGGACGAAAGUCAAGCUACUACGACGGAUGCCACUGGUCCUGAGGAUGCUGUACAGCACUCACCCGAACCUGUGACUGAGGAGAAAAAUGAAGAUUCGGAGGAUCCGGUGACUCUACCAUCAAACGAAGUUGAUGCCACGGAGACCCCGAAAUCUGACUCGGUCGAAGAUGCUUCUGUUACUCCCAAGGAAUCAGCAGAAGAGAACGAACCAGUCGCAGACAUUAUGGCCAAAGAAGCAGCAGAGCAACUGCAGCCCGAAGCGAGUCCGGAGACGGAUGCGCACCCUUCUGCCCCAGAAGUUGAUCCCCAGCCUGUGACCACGACUGCUGAACAGGAGAGUGGCUCCUCUAAGUCCAAGAAGAAAAAGAAGAAGAAGAAGAAAAGCAUGACUGCAGAGGCAAACGAAGAUACUGGUGCAGAUGAUGGCCCAAGCGAGCCAGUUACGCCAAUCGAACCCGGUACUCCUGCAGAGCCUGAGCUAUCUACCGGGCCUGGAACCCCAAUCGAACCUCAAACGCCGCUUGAACCUGAGGCCGCACUUGAGCCUGAAACCGUGGUUGAGCCUGAUACACCUGUCGACGCUACAGUCCCUGCUCUGCAUGAAUCCGAGGUAGUCGCUCCACAACCAGAAGAUCCCGAGAAGGACGCCCCUCCCAUGUCAGCCAAAGCGAGGAAGAAGGCAAAGAAAGACAGAAAACGCCAGUCCAAGAGCCUAGCCGAUGCUACGGAGCCUGCUGACGAGACUCUCCAUUCGAGCGACACUCCAGUGCCCAGCGAAACGAAGACCGCGGAACAAUCGCUCGAAACGGCAAACAUACCUGCUGAAGAUGACGGUAAAGACAAUCAGUCCCACGGCACCGAAAACCACGGCGAGAACGAUAAAGAUCUGAUUUGGACUGAUGACAUGGUAUCUCCGCAGGUAGAGCAAGAGCAAGCGACUUCUUUCGCUCAUCCACCCCAACCCGAGCAUGAGAAAAGUGAAGACGACCCAGUUUCCGUUCCCUCCGAUGAAGUACUCAAACCCGUUGACUUGCAUGCCAAUAACUUAAGCCGAGAUGAACCUUUAGCAAUUAGCGAGCCGGAGGAGUCGGGUGAUGCGCAGGGAAGAUCAGAGACGCAGCCCGCUGAAGAUAUGGUCAAGCCUGACGAUGAAACUGGGCAAACGUCAGUUGGGGAGCAAGGAGAGUCCAGCACCGACCGAAAUGUGAUCGAAGAUGUCUCUAAGGAUGUUGUAAAGGAGACAGAGCAGGCGCCGAUUAGGGAGGACGCUGAGCACGAGGAUGAGCAGCUUGUCAAAAAGGAAGAGUCGCUUGGCGUCAGUCCGAAAAAGGAGUUGGCGGAUGAGGCUACGGAGACGCGUGUAGGAGAAGUCAUCGAAGCCCCGGAUGCCAUGCAGCAAGGAGAGUCCAUCGAGGGGGUAGUUGCGAUGGAUGAUUAUACGACCAAUGUACCAUCAAAGAAAAAGAGCAAAAAAGAAAAGAAGAAAAAGCGCCAGGCAGAGCAGGCAGAGCAGGCAGCAAGCCAGGAAGAAACCGAAAAGGGUACAGCAGUUCAGGGAAACGAGCAAGCAACAGCUACAGAUAUUCCCGACGAGCUACCCAUGGAAACCGCACCUCCCAGUACUGAAUCAGGCCCUGACGCAUCCCUUAUGCCAGCCGAGUCGCCAAAGGACGAGGAGGAGCCAGCAGCACACGAUCUUGAGAUAGCUGCCCCUGUCGAGAGUCACGGAGAGGAAGCUGAACAGCCAAAUGAUGUCCCAGUUGAAUCAAAGCUUGAUACAGGUGAUCAGCAGCUGGAUAAUACAACAACUGUUCAGGUCGAGAAAGACACCCCUGAGGAACAUGCUAUUCCCGAAGGUGUCACUCCGGAGGCUGCCGAAGAAACCGCAGUAGAUGUUGGGGAACCCCUUGCAGAGCCAGUCUCUAAGACGAAGAAAAACAAGAAGAAAAAGAAGAAGGCGUUGAGUCAGGCGAAAGAUGAGACUGAGCCUCAUGAGGUAACUGAACCGCAGGUCGAGAGCGAAGCAGUGCCGGACAAUGAGCUGGUCGGCCAACAGGGAGUGACAGAGGCAACUCUCGAGCAGGCUUUGGAACCCACAGCAGACAAGAACAGCUUGGAUGUCGUGCAAGAUGACGCAAACUUGAACGACUUUGUUGAUGAACCAGCUCCUUCGGGUGACAAGGCUCUCGAGUCAGCCGCAGAAGCACCAGAAGGACCUACACUGGCGUCAGAGCAGUCCCUUCAAGACAACAUGGUCAGGGACGAAGACAAUACCAACUCAUUUGCUGCGGAAGCAACAGAAGCCAUUCCGAGUGAUGUGACCCAGGAGAAGCCCUUGGAGGAGGCAGUCCUCACUCGUAAAGAAUCCAAGAAGAAAAAGAAGAAGGCGAAGAAACAGGCCAGAGAUGAGCAAAACAGUCCCACGCUUGCACCGACUGAAGGGGCUGUUACCGGUGACGAGGGUUUGACGUGGACAGAUACUCUUGAUUCCAUCCGUCCUGCCGCCGAAGAACUAAGCAACGCCGUCGAAGAAAACCAAUUGACAACUCCCACCUUGCAGGAGGGUGGAGACGAGGAAGAGCACCAGGCCCCACAGGCUGAGGAAGAACCAGUCCGCAGCGCAGAAGAGUUUGAUGAGCCCCGAGAGCUGUCUACUGCAGAGAGACAAGAUAUGGUUGUCCAGCAAGAACCAGAAACGACCAAUGCAGAACAGGAGACCGAGACACUAACAGCAAAGCACGACCUUGGGAUGUCUGAAGAGUUGUCUGAGAAGUUCCCGGAACGACAGGAGGCACCAGCUCCCCUAACGAAGAAGUUGUCCAAGAAGGAACGCAGACAGGCCAAGCAAAGAGCUGAGCAAGUGCUUGUAGAGUCUGAUAGAGGGCAGCAGCCAGAUGUUGACGCUGGUGCUUCGGCGGACCAGAACCUGGUCCAGCAGCAAGUGACUGAAGCACCAGACGUGCUGGCUGCUGAACAGGCUACGUUGGACGAUGUCUCUCCAGCAUUACUCUCUGGGGAAGAAGAGAAGCGUCUGGAAAGCCAAACCCUCAAUGUCAAGAACCCAGAAGACUGGGAGAAAAGCGAAGUCGAUGCUACCGAACGAUCACCCGAUUCCUCACCCGAAGCUCGUGCUGUCCCGUUCGAGCCAGGCAUUGCAGAUUUUGACGAGAACGCAAUCCCGGAAGGGGUGAUCCGACACCCAAGCGCAUCAGCCGCGGCAGGGAAAACGACAGUCAGAGCAUUUCAGCAAACCCGAGGCGACAUACAAGCUCCCUCUGAAGCAACUGCUGUUCCGCCAAUUUCACCCUCUACAGCACUCGAUGUAGAACCCUCUAUCUACGCAAAGACUAGCAGCGAAUCCCUCGGUUCGGAGUCACAGAAGCAAAGCAAGGUUGCCAGCAUCUUUCCUCAACUGGAACGGGGGUUUUUUCGUCGACCAGCUCUAGUUGAGCCGUCCGAGUCAGCAAAAGAUGGGGCUGAGGAAGAGACUAUUGACAAGGAAGCAAUUCGCGACAGCGCGAUAGUCUUGGAGGCGCCCAUUAACACGGCCGACUCCCCGUCUUCGGGGCAGGACGAUGCCAAAAUUGCUACGGAACCUGCUGAAGCAGCUGAGUCUACACAACUGGAGACUGGAUUGCACCCUUCUCCAAACGAGCCUGUGAUCGAAGUUGAAGCAGAUACUUCGUAUAAUGUUUCUGUGCUUUCGGACGGACCGGAAGAGAAGUCUAGACAAAUUGACAUACGGUGGGAAGAACAAAAGGACAAGGAGACUCCCAAGGAAGUUGAAGCCGAAACCGCAGAGCCUAGCCCUUCUUCCCACCACGAGGCUCCACUAUACGCCCCGUCUCCCGUGCAUGAGCGACAGUCGGUACUCGUUCGGUCAGGAUCCCCAUCCGGUAAAGAGAUUGGACAAGAAACGUCACGCUCUAGCCCAACUUGUGAGCUACGACGUAGCCCGUCAAUCCACGGUCGAUCUAACCAAACGCGGCGGCCGUGGUCAUUGGAGGUCGACCAAAACUCUCAGCCACGUACGCCCUCGCCGCAGCCGACAGGGGUGGAUCGAGAGGCAGUCUCCCCGCCGCGGACACCAUUGCAAACCAUCGAGGAGGAUGAGCCAAGGGGUCGAACGGAGAGAUCCACCGGUUCAAGAACCGUGGGUCACGGACGCGGCACGCCCCGUCUGGAGAUGAAGCCCGAACAUGUGCUUCCUCGCCCCGAAACCCCGACCCGGAAGUUUACUGACAAUGCGUUGGCCCGUCAGGCCUGGCCAACACCGGAUAAAGAAACGCCGUUUGACGAUGUCGAUGUCAAGAAGCGUAGCCCUGAGGGUCAGCUGGUGGACGGUAGAUGGCCGGCUGAGGUGCUCAAGACGCCGGAACAAGACAAGCCAAUUCUACGGCCCAGCAGCAGCAUCCGAGGAGUCAAGAGCAUGCACAACAUGACGCCGAACCUCGAGCAGACGCCGACUCCUCGAUCGCUGCGACGCAAUCAUCGCACUGCCAGCGGAGAUUUGCGGGCGGCAGCCACCACUCAGGCGCAGGAGAGCGACGACCAAUCAGAGCGCAAGCCCCAGCCUCCCGCUUCUUCAGCCUCGGACCUCAACCUCGAGCGCAUCGCCUCUUCUUCCUCCUACGACCCCGUCACCGACAAGGGCAAGCGUCCCCUGCGUAAUAUGACGGACGUUUAUGAGGGUUGGGGUGAGACGCCCAGCUCGCCCCGGUCGCCUAGCCGACCGCCCAGCAUUCGGCACCGUCGAAGUAUGCAACAUCUCCAAGAACUCGAGUCUCGUCUCGACCGCCUUAUUUCGGAAAAUCGUCUUCUCGCCGCCGCUCGUGAGGAAGCUGAAGAUAAACUCCGCAAAACCUCCGUCGCCCGACGCAAGAGUGACCAUGCCCUCAACAGCCGCGACGCCGAUCUGCGGGACAGGGAUGCCGAAGUGGAACAAUUGAAGAGCUCGCUGGAGUGGUUGCAGAAGGAAGUAGCCCGUCUGACCGAAGAAAAUGCCGGGCUCACGACGACGAGCUCCAACCUCACUGCCACUCAUGCGCAGGAAGUCCAAGUUAUGCAGGAGACGUUCGAUCGCCAAGUCGAUGCGUUGCGCUCGGAGAACCAACAACUGUCGGCAGAAAUGCACGAUCGGGUGCGACAAGAAGUGGAGACGGCAUUGGCCCAGAAGGAUAUGGAGCUACGACGGCUACGGGAGGAAUUGGAGAAUGCUCGCGACAAGGUGAAACAACUACAGCAGCAGAUCGCGGCAGCCAUGCAGGACGACGUCUUGGUCUUCCGCGACGAGGAUUAUUUCGAUGCUGCUUGCCAAAAGCUAUGUGGUCAUGUACAGCAAUGGGUCCUCCGUUUCUCCAAGCAUUCCGACCACCGUCGCUGCCGCAAGCUCAGCGAUCUGCAGGAUGAAAAGAUUGCCGACCGGUUCGACAACGCCAUCCUGGACGGUUCCGAUGUAGACAGCUACCUCGGCGAUCGAGUUCGUCGUCGUGAUGUAUUCAUGUCUGUUGUCAUGACUAUGGUAUGGGAGUUUAUCUUCACACGAUACCUAUUCGGCAUGGAUCGUGAGCAACGACAGAAGCUCAAGUCUCUGGAGAAACAACUAGCCGACAUUGGCCCACGCAGUGCUAUCCACCGGUGGCGCGCCACUACUCUGACUCUGCUCUCGAAACGGCCAACCUUCUCGAAGCAGCGUGAGAGUGAUACCGAAGCUGUCGCCUUGGAGAUCUUUGACACUCUGUCACGCCUCCUCCCGCCACCUACCAAUGUCGAGGCCCAGCUUCUGGACUCGCUCCGCAAGGUGCUCCGUGUCGCGGUCCACCUGUCGAUUGAGAUGCGCACCCAGCUGGCAGAAUACAUUAUGCUACCGCCACUGCAGCCCGAGUAUGACACCAAUGGUGAUCUUGCUCGCCAGGUCUACUUCAACGCCUCCUUGAUGAACGAGCGCAGUGGAGAGACCACGUCAAAUGAAGAGCUGGAAACGCAGCAAGCGGUAGUCCGGGUUGUUCUGUUCCCGUUGGUGGUGAAGAAGGGCAAUGACCGGGGAGAAGGCGACGAUGAGGUGGUCGUCUGCCCGGCCCAAGUGCUCAUUGCUAGACCCAACAAGGACAAGAAGGUGGUGAAGAUGCUCAGCGGCGACCGCAUGUCCCUGGAUGCCACGAGAUCGGUCCACAGCGUCGCCCCGUCGUCAACCAUGGACAUGAGCAAUGUGAUCUGA